AUGAUUCGAUUCAUUCUCACAUUCUGUCUCUUCUCGAUUCUCGUCGAUGCUACAGAUGUCACAGUUCAAGAACAAAUGAUUUGCAACCAUCACCCCGAUUGGAAAUAUUGGACUCGAUACGUGGAAUACGAUUAUGGAAAGUGAGUUAUAAGCUGCCACGUCAUAACCAUAACCUUCUGAAGGUUAUGACGUGACAAAUACAGAUGUAUUGGAAAAAAAUAAAAUAUUCGUAUCUAGACCAAACGAAGAACUAUUGAGAACCGAGUGGGAAUAUUUAAAUGAAAAUUCACACGGUCCACGGCGUGUUCGUCAAUUCAGUAUCAGUGGAGAUGAUGGAUGGUUUGAUACUGCAUAUGAGAUUGGAGUCGAAAUCUUUCACACGUGUACAGAUACUGGGGAGACAGCAAGAUUGAAUGUGCCAUUGGGUGAUGUUCAAAUUGACUCUAAGUUUGUUUUGGACAAAAAUCCACAGUACAUAUAAUUAUUUUUUUUCAGACUCAAAGACUUUAAGUUGACUGGAUUUGUGUUGAAUUCUCAAUGCAUUUAUUCGAAUUGUGACCUUAUCCCAGUAAUAUAUUUACCUGGUGGAAAAUAUACGUAA